AUGGCGGCCACAUCCGAGCCAGCACCUGCGCCAACACGGAACGAGCGCAAAGCUUGCUGGUCACAUCGAGACAGCUACUUCGCAUGCUUGACACAGAAGGGCGUUACAAUUCCACCAGGGACUGACAUGAGCGAUGGAAGGGGACCGAUUGGCAAAGCCGCCAAGGAGGAACAGGAGAGGCUCGACAGGGAAAGAAAGCUCAGCGUGGAAGAAGCACGCAAACAGGACCCCUGCCUCGCAGAAAGGCAAGGCUACGAGACCAACUGCGCGAGAAGCUGGGUCGACUACUUCAACAAGCGAAGAGUGCUCGAAGAGCGCCAGCGCAUGAUGUACCAACAGGCAGACAUGAAUCGACCAAAGAGCUGA